AUGGAUGUUUUCUAUACCGUAUCCGAAAAGUUUUUAAUGAAAGAAGCCACUAUUGAGAUGGAAGACAAAAGAAAGGGCGAGGGCCAAAAACCAACAGAAGGUUCAGCAGUAAUACAAAUGCAGAAAGAAGCAGUAGAGCAGUUAAAAGGGGUAUCCAUUCGGCACUAUAUAGAAAGUGAUGUGGUAAUUCGUACAGUUGGGGGAAGUAAGUUAAAGUUAAAAGGGUGGUCAACAGAAACAAAGCCAAAGGUUGCAUCAGAGCCCGUCAAGCCAAUACAUACUUGCCAUAUAUGUGAUAAAACAUUUGUAGAUAAAAGAAGACUUGCCAUUCACAUGAACAUGCAUGAAAAGAAGUCCACUGAAAAUACUACAGCUUGA